AGCGGGCUGGGAAGCGUUUCCGGAAGGCUGGCCGCAUCCCGCAGCGGGCUACGGGCGCCGCCGGGGCGGGCGGCGCAGCGCAGAGCGGAGCGGAGCGGCGGGCAGCUUGCCUGAUUUCUGUAGCGACCUGAGGGGGUGCUGGCGCCCAGGACUCCAGGACUUGGUGCUCUGGUACAGGCUUUCCACCAACGAGCUGGGGAGAUUAAGCGUUUCGAUCUGUACUUGGAAAGCAGCUGACAGCGUGUGGUAAUGUGCUGACUGGCACUAUGGGCAGGCGGUACCCAGGGGCUCACUAUCGGCCAAGCAGCUCAUAUUUCAAAUUAUAAUCUAUUUCCUGAUGCAUUGCUGACGCCCCGUGAGCCAUGUCAGAAGUACUUCCAGUUGAUUCCGGUGUGGACGCAUUGGCAGUGUUUAUGGCAAGCGGCAGCACGACAGACGUUGUGAACCGCAACAACCCCGCCACCCCGCCAAACACCCUUAACCUGCGCUCCUCUCACAAUGAACUUCUGAAUGCAGAAAUCAGGCACACAGAGGCCAAGAACAGCACUCCUCCAAAGUGCAGGAAAAAAUAUGCGCUGACUAAUAUUCAGACAGCCAUGGGUCUUUCCGAUCCAGCAGUCCAGCCCCUUCUGGGUAACAGUUCUGCCAACAUAAAGCUGGUGAAGAAUGGAGAAAACCAGCUCAGGAAAGCCGCCGAGCAGGGACAGCAGGAUCCCAACAAAAACCUCAGUACCACUGCAGGCAUAAACGUAACUUCUGAGAAGUUUGAAGGCAAAGAGCCGAUCCCGCAGGAUUCCUCUGGCUGUGAAAUACUGCCCUCGCAGCCAAGGAGGACCAAGAGCUUCCUGAACUACUAUGCAGAUCUAGAGACAUCUACCAGAGAGCUAGAGCAGAGUUUUGUUUCAAUGGAAGAUAAAUCUGCACAAAGCAACAGCCAGACUUCUACCGUUAUUGUCAAUGGAGAAGCCCUGCCCCGGAAACAAAACAAGCUGUCAAGCCCAGAGGAUGGCCAGGUUGCCACGGUGUCAUCAAGCCCUGAGACUAAGAAAGACCACCCAAAAACCGGGGCCAAAACAGAUUGUGCCCUCCAUAGGAUUCAAAACCUGGCCCCAAGCGAUGAGGACUCCAGCUGGACUACGCUGUCCCAGGACAGCGCCUCGCCAAGCUCGCCCGACGAAACAGCAGAUGUAUGGAGUGAUCAUUCAUUUCAGACAGACCCAGACUUGCCACCUGGCUGGAAAAAAAUCAAUGACAUUGCUGGGAUCUACUACUGGCACAUACCAACAGGAACAACACAAUGGCAGCGUCCUGUGUCCAUCCCAACAGAUCUCCAGGGCUCACGAAAAGGAUCACUUGGUUCCAUUACUCCGUCUCCUACUCCAGAAACUGAGAAACAGCCAUGGAGUGAUUUUGCUGUACUGAAUGGGGGAAAGAUUAAUAGUGACAUUUGGAAGGAUCUGCAUGCAGCCACUGUGAACCCAGACCCAAGUCUGAAAGAGUUUGAAGGAGCAACGUUACGCUAUGCCUCUUUGAAGCUCAGAAACGGUCCACAGUCUGAUGAUGAUGAUUCCUGUAGUAUCAACAGUGACCCAGAAGCCAAGUGCUUUGCUGUACGAUCUCUGGGCUGGGUGGAAAUGGCAGAAGAAGAUCUGGCUCCUGGAAAAAGCAGCGUUGCUGUGAACAAUUGCAUCAGACAACUCUCGUACUGUAAAAAUGACAUCAGAGACACUGUUGGCAUUUGGGGAGAGGGCAAAGACAUGUACCUUAUACUGGAAAAUGACAUGCUGAACCUGAUUGACCCCAUGGACCGCACAGUUCUUCAUUCACAGCCCAUUGUGAGCAUCAGAGUCUGGGGUGUGGGGCGUGACAACGGCCGAGACUUUGCUUAUGUGGCAAGAGACAAAGACACAAGAAUUCUGAAAUGUCAUGUGUUUCGAUGUGACACCCCUGCAAAAGCCAUCGCCACAAGUUUACACGAAAUCUGUUCAAAGAUUAUGGCUGAACGGAAGAAUGCUAAAGCUGUGGCUUGCAGCUCAUUGCAGGAGAGGACAAAUGUCACCCUUGAUGUUCCUCUGCAAGUAGAUUUCCCAACACCAAAGACAGAGCUGGUACAGAAGUUCCACGUCCAGUACCUGGGCAUGCUACCUGUAGCUAAACCUGUGGGAAUGGAUACUCUGAACAGUGCCAUUGAAAGUCUAAUGGCUUCCUCUAGCAAAGAAGACUGGAUGCCAGUUACUAUGAAUGUCGCUGAUGCUACUGUCACAGUCAUCAGUGAAAGGAAUGAAGAGGAAAUCAUGGUGGAGUGUCGUGUGCGGUUCCUGUCUUUCAUGGGAGUGGGCAAGGACAUUCACACGUUCGCGUUCAUUAUGGAUACAGGAAACCAGCAUUUUGAGUGCCACGUUUUUUGGUGUGAACCAAAUGCAGGCAAUGUAUCAGAAGCUGUUCAGGCUGCUUGUAUGCUGCGGUAUCAGAAGUGCUUAGUAGCCAGACCUCCUUCACAGAAAGUUCGACCGCCCCCACCUCCUGCAGACUCGGUGACUAGAAGAGUUACAACUAACGUAAAAAGAGGAGUGUUGUCCCUCAUUGACACUUUGAAACAGAAACGCCCAGUCACUGAGAUGCCAUAGCUGCAUAAGAGAGAAGAUUCUCCUACCAUUUAACUGAAGAUAACAGUAGCUACACUAAGGAAAAUGAACUGACAACGUUUGGCCUUCCACUUCAAAUUGCUGAUGCUUUGUCUUCAGAGAAUCUACCCUUACCGAAACAAUGUUAGACAAGCAUGUUCUCUUGUUCUUGCCACCAUUGUGUGAUAUGAAAAGAAGCAUGAAUAAUUUUUUUGCUAUCAGUGAGUUACAUCGUGAGCAAUGGAAGGUCUGUUUGAUUGUAAAUACAUGAACAUUACCUAAACUCACAUAAAAAAGGAAUAUGGCCACGUCCCUCCCAGUGAACUCAUGCUAAAGUCCUUGGAGUGAAUGAUGCCCGAGUUGAUAGUUUCACCGUCUUGAGCUGGAUUUGUAACAAACCAAUCUUAAAUCCUACAGCACUUUGCUUUGUUUUCAACACUGGCGUAGGUACCAAGUAUUAGCUACCAUUGAAUUCCUGUAGAUUAAAUACCAAGUUUUAUUUUUUACAGAACUACGCCUGUUAGUUUUAAAUUGUUUGUCAGCAUUGGUCUAGCAACCACUUCAGUAUCUCCCUGACAUGCUUUUGAAUCACGGCGUCAUUAUUUCAUCUCCUGGUUAUACAUUAUGGUCUUAGAGAAGAAUCGUGUGUAAUACCAAACCAAUGCCGAAAAAUCCAGAAGUGUUUUCAGUAACUGAGUUGCAGGGUGAUCCGCUGAAGCUUUUCAGCUUUAGAUGUACAAAUGCAACUGUUAGCUGUUAAAUUUAUUCUCCUAAAUCUGUCACUGAUUCAUUCAAAAUACCAUUUGUUUCACACAGGGCUCAAGCUAAUCAGGAGUGAGAAAAAACUAACCAGUAAUUUUAUUGUCUUACAACUCUUACAGAGACUAAAAUAUUCCAUACAAGUGUUUGAUGAAAUGUUCAGUUCAGCAUCUGGUUGCACAAUUCCCCUUUCCCCUCAGAGUUUGUUGCUGAGUGCUUAACAUGCUACAAAAAGAACAGUCAUGUUUCUUGUUAUUUACAGAAUUCCAUGAAAUUUCAUUUACUUUUAGUGCUCUCGUGACAAAGUAAGAAGAGAGUUGUUUUCUAACAAGAUAGUCCCUCAGGUGGUACAACUUGAUUUCAAUGCUUUUGCUCCAAAGGCUUCAUCUAAAUUGCUGUGAUUUACACACUGCUGCAGACCCUGGCAAAGUCAGCCCAGUAUUGCCCCUUAAAAUUGUACCUUAGGCUGAUUUUCAAAUGCAGUUAUGCAUCUGGAGUCUCUCCCUUCACCAUCUUCUGUCUAGACCUGCAGGUUGGUGCAAAUUUUGGAAAUGGAACAUCAAAUGUAUUUGUAACUAGCAUUAAAAAUGUUUUGUCUCCAUUUAUAGAUAUGUUCCAAACUGUGACUGUCUCCCAAGUCUGCAAGUCUGCUCAUACUAUAAUUUUAAAAGAACAUUGGCAAGGUUGUUAUUACAAGAACUCUUUUAUCUUACUAUGCAAGGGACUUUUAUAAACAAGCCGUUACCUUUUUAUUUCCUUGUUUAAAUACAUUAAUGGCAACACCUGGGCAAAGCAACUUAGGAACACGAGGGGAAAAGAAUGAUGAUUCAAGAAAUUUCUGCCUUGAAAACUGCAGAAAAAACCCCAUGAAACUCGGUGUGAUGUAUGAGCAGGAGUCAGGUGAAGGCUCGCUAUGCAACUAUUGUGAUUAAAUUUAGCUCUUUCGAAUACCCUCUUAAGGAGCUGAUCCCCCACCUGUCUCAGAUCUCUUUAUGACCCCCAGUUCUGCACCCCCAGGCACUGAAGCAAGUUUCCCCUCCCCAAGGGUCAUAUCCCUGCUACCCCCUUUGCACCAGUUUAUUCCUUGUACAGCUGGAGGCCAAGCUGCUUAUGCCAAGUAGGCAGGGAGAGCCGGGGGGGGGGGGGGGAGACACAAACAGCCCCACCCCUUUUAGCAGUACCAGUGUUUUAAACUGGCCAUGGACGAAGCCAGGUGGCAAAGCAUGGAGAUGGCUGCUUGUCUACAGGCUCGUUCAGCUUCUGGUAGUGAUCCCAGCGAUGUCUGCUAGGAGCAGUGUAAAAACUCCCUUCCUAUCGCUAUCAAAAUGUGGUGGCUGACGAUGUACCUUUAGGUAUGAUCAUGAAGUUAAAGAGGUAAAAGUUUCCUUAUUCGUCAUCAUGGUAGUGAUUUGAACUUUGACUUUUGUUUUAAAUUACAGAAAAUACUUGGACAGUGUCUUUUUAAAGUUUCAGCUGGAAAUGCCAGGAUUUGGGAUUUGCAACUGUUCUACAACAGUGAAUUUGAAACAGUCUGAUUAGAUUUUGUAGUUGCAUCUGUGUAGUGCUUGUUAUCCCCAAGAGAUCCAGACUGUCUUUAAACUACUACAACACUUAGCGAACAGCACUGUAAAGGUUCUUCUGUACCAGUGUUGUCAAAGCUAUGAACAUAUAGUUAGCUUUCACUGGCAAAGUGUGCAAUUGCAGGGAGGGCUGAGGAGAAGAUAGAAGGGUGUUUGAAAAGCCGUAGGUCACUUGCCAAUCUAUGUUUUAAGAGUUCGGUGUCUGUUAACACAGUGUUGUUGAUUUUGCAAGUGUUUAAGUAGUGUGCUUAAUGGUCUGACUGUAUGUGGCCUUUUUGCUUCAGUAGAGCCCCUUGUUCUCCAAGACGUUAAAUAUACGUGCAGGUGUUUUGCAGAAUUGGAGCCUAAUACUGCAAAGCCCGUUACCUUUUGUUAAACAAUAUAUGAAACCACUUUUACCAUGGCCAAAAAAAAUAUGUAGUAUGUAUGGGGGGGGGGGGGGGGGGGGGGGUUGAGCAACUGCCACUAUUUUAGUUGAUGUUACACAGACCCUCAGUUACCUAUGCAUUUUUUUAUAAUACCUAGUGGUUCUGUAGGCAGGCAGCCAUGUUCACUACGCCUUGUAUGUCUGAUGCCAUAUUCUAAAUUAACCUGUUAAAUACAGCUUAAAAUAUUUUUAUUUAUUCUAUUUUUACUGAAAUAUCCUGCGUUAUGUUGAUGUAUUGUCUUUACUGGACGUGAUGUUGUAACAUUCUCCACUCUGUAUACUAUAGGUUGCCUAAAAAAAGGCAGGCUUUGUAAUUAUUUGUAGCCGCAUUUUUAUUGAAGUCUGUAGAAAAAAUCAUGUAAAGCAAAGCUAAUUUCUUCAUUUUUUUUCAAUGCAAGUAGUAAGUUAGAGGUAAGUAUCACAUGUCAGUCAUGUCAUUAAUAUGCUUCCUUGCAGAAGCAAGGAGAUUUAUAUUCACUGUCAAUGAUGAGAUAAAAGCCUCUCUCUUGAAAUCUGAA